ACUGUGACUGACUGUGAACCACUUUUCAAGAAUGGUUUGGUAAACUGCGUGUUGUGUUUGGAUUUAUUGUAUUUGAAACACUAAAAUAAUGCACAUGCUUUCAUCAUCACUUUUAACCAGUUGAUUCAAACUGACAUUUAUUGAGCUCUUGAAUUAUUCUAGAUCUUUUGUGGGAGCUAAAUGACUCGUAUCUGUGGAUCUUUAAAAAUGCACUUUUUACUUUAACUAAAAAUUACAGUAAAUGGCAGCCAAUGACUCUUCAGUGCGCGUGAUCAAUGACAGGAUCAUUAUAGUUCAGGUUCUCAUAUCACUUUUCCUUUGCAUCAACCUUUUGCUGAUAACAGUCUUUUUCAUGAAGGAUUUCUUCUACACAACCAUGCGCUACAUCUUCUUUGCACUGACUCUCAUGUCUGAUUGUGUGAUUUUAAUCCUGAGUAAUGUUCUGCUCCUUUUCUCUUAUUUUGAAUUCACCAUAAAUAUGUCAUUGUGUCUUAUUGUGUACGUGGCUUUGUCUUUAUACACUUUUGUCACUCCGGUGACUCUGACAGUGAUGACGCUGGAGCGCUUUGUGGCCAUUUGCAUGCCACUGCGACACGGAGAGCUGUGCUCCACACGCAGCGCUCUGCACUGCGUCCUCAUCAUUCACAGCGUCAGCUCUCUGCCCUGCGUGGUUUUCCUCUCCAUCUUCUUCGCUUCUGCGAGCCACAGGUUUUACACCAAAAGCGACAUGUGCUUUGCAGAGAAGUUCAUCUUCCACACCUGGCAGGGUCACCUUAGGUCUGCAAUAAGUCAGUUUUACUUCCUGACCAUGUGUAUAGUUAUCAUGUUCUCAUACUUUAAAAUAAUGAAGGUGGCCAGAGCUGCAUCAGGACAGAACAGGAAGUCAACAUGGAAAGGCCUCAGAACUGUGGUUCUUCAUGGCUUUCAGCUGCUCCUGUGUCUUUUCCAGCUGUGGUGUACUUUCAUUGAAGCUGCUGUGCUUCAGAUUUACCCGAUGGUCUACAUUAAUGUCAGGUACUUUAACUACAUUAUGUUCAUUCUUUCUCCGAGGUGUUUGAGUCCUCUUAUUUAUGGCCUCAGGGAUGAAAAGUUUUUUUUUGCUCUGAGAAGCUUUGUUCUUUGUGGUUUGUAUAAGAAACAAUUGUCAAAUUAAUUGUGAUUGACCUGUGAAAACUACAGAAAAUAACAUGUAUGUACACACUGAGUUACAAAUACAUUUCAAUUGUCUUACCUUCAUAGAAACAUGUAAUUCAUUCAUUUAUGCAGUAAAAAAAAACAUAAAUGCUCAAAUAUAUGAGUCUGAUGACACUUAAAGCCAUGAAAAUGUAAUCCUUAUAGAUUUAUGAACAAUAUUUGUUCAUAUUUCAACCUCAGCUGCAGGACCUCUCUAUUGUCUUUGUAUGUGAUCACGUUUUAUUCAUCACUGUUAUGAAUAUCUGUUGAUUGUACUAACCUUCAGAACAUUUUCUAAGAUGUAGAUUCAUAAAAAUUGUAACAGUCUUGAAAAUAAAUGCUUAUCCAUGCCAGA